CUGAAAAGUGAAGUUUCGGAAUUUCCGAAAUUAACGAAACGUAAUAAAUUGUUAAUAUUGUGUUUAAUUAUUUACAAUUAUCAUAAAUACUUUGUAAUUAUAUAUUUAGUUUUUAAUCAUUAAGCCUCUCUUGUGUGAUAAUCCUUCGUUUUACAUUGGCAACUUUUUAAUUAAAAUUUUCACAACACUCAAAUGAAGAAUUGAAUUUGUUUAUUGUUUAGGUUGUGCAAUUUGUCACCAUGUUUUCUAAUCUUAAUAAAAGUACCUUCGGGACUUCUACUCCUGGCACUUCAUUUGGUUUAGGUGCUUCAACAUCCAAUACUAGUAGUCCAUGGGGUAGCACCGGCAGUAAUCAACUUUUUGGCAAACCAGCAGCACCAGCGUUUGGACAACAACCAUCUACUUCGUUUGGUCAACCGUCUACCUCUUCUAACACCAUGUUCCCUUUUUUCUCUCAGUCCAAUUCUUCAGGUUUUGGUUCAAAUACUUCUAAUCAAUCAACCUUCGGAUCAAAUGUGUUUGGCCAGCAACCAGCCACCACAAACCUCUUUGGUUCCAACACUUUUGGACAACAAAAACCAACAGGUUUUGGUUUUGGGACACAAAGUCAACAGCAGCCGAAUCUGUUUGGACAAUCGAGUCAACCGCAAAGUUCUCUGUUCCAGUCAACAGGUUCCUCUAACUUAUUCAGUGGUAGCAGCGCAUUCGGUCCUACUACCACAAUGGGUACAGGUACCACAAUUAAGUUUUCUCCAGUGACUGGUACAGAUACUAUGCAGAAAGGUGGUGUUACAACCAGUAUUAAUACCAAACAUCAUUGUAUCACAUGUAUGAAAGAAUAUGAAAACAAAUCUUUUGAAGAACUCAGACUGGAGGACUAUCAGGCUAAUAGAAAAGGUCCCCAGUCGCAAUUCAAUUCCACUCCAUUUGGAGGUACUUCUUCGAUGUUUGGCGCACAAGCAGAAAAUAAACCAGCAUUUGCUCCUUCUACUGGUUUUGGACAAAUGGGUGGAACAGCUUUUGGGCAGCAGUCAACUGGUUUCGGUCUAACUUCUCAGCCAUCUACGUCUAACAGUAUAUUUGGGAAGCCACCUGCUUUUGGUGCCACUAGUUCCACAACCACUACAUUUGGAGGCUUCAAUACUCCUGCCACAACCAAUGCUUUUGGCGCAAAUCAGAAUAAGACAUUUGGGGGUACUGGUACAACGUCACUAUUUGGUAGCACCCAGACUCAGCAACAGUCCUCACCUUUCGGAAGCAAUCUUUUUGGUCAGAAUAAUCAGAAUACUACUGGGAGCUUCUUCAAUAAACCUACACUUACAACAGGUGGCGUUUCUGGGGGAUUUUCUUUUAACCAGACCCCUGCCACUACUCCAAGUAAUCUAUUUCAGCUAUCAAAACCUGCGUUUGGCGGUAUGGGUCAAACGAAUACUACGGGAACCUUUGGACAAACACCUGCAUUUGGUCAGACCAACCAGCAAAGUACCUUUGGCAGUAAUACCUUUGGGAAGCCCUUAACAUUUGGACAAAAUCAAAAUACAUUUCAGCUAGGAGGUCAAACCAAUUUAUUCAAUAAUAAUCAACAAAAACCUGGAUCUAUCUUAGGUAGCGGUGGAGGACUUUUUGGUACAAACACUUUUGGAACAAAUUCUUCUUCAACGUUCCCUCUACUUCAGACAAACACACAAGUACCUGGCCAAGGACUCUCAACAGAAAGUAAUCAGGAUAAGGGACUACCCUUGCUUGCCACAAAUCAGUUUGGUCAUAUGUCUUUCUUAAAAGGACUUUUACCUAUUGACAAACCCUCGUCUCCUACAUUGUACACUACAAACCCUAUGGAAAUAAAGAAAAUGCUGGAAAACAAUAAAAAAGUAGAUGAAAAUACCAACAUCAAAGUUAAAUUAAAACUUGGACCACCUAAAACACAAAAGAGCAACCUGUUUGAGGAAGGAACUGACGAAGACAGUACAAAACUUUAUAAGACAUCUUGUAAGCGUUUAGUGUUGAAGAAAAAACUAGAAGACUCGAAACAAAGUAUUUUCGAAACAAAUUCCCUUUGCAACGAUUUGUCCCUGAAAGAGUCUGAUGCUACACAAGGAAAUAUUUCCAACUUGAAUACAACAAAUAAUAAUAGUGUUUUAUUAGGAGAUAACAGUUUUACCUUGGGACUGACUGAAAAACAGAAAAUGGACCUGAAAUAUAUGAAUGAAAAAUUUGCUUCGAAGAAAACUUUAGAUAAAUCACUUACUUUCAAUGGCUCCAUGAACGAAUCUAACAAUGCAUUAAAUUGUACCAAGUCUGAUAUUGUAGUUAAUAUAGGAGAUGUGCCUAACGGCUUUGAGGAACAUAGGAUUAGUACUCCUCAAAUAAGUACAAUUACCUCAGCUUCAGAAAAUGGCAACAUUAAAAGUCCGUUUACAUUACAUGUAUCUUCAGAAGUUGCACCAAACGAUAAUGCACCAUCACAAGACCAAGCAACUAGAAAAGUUGGUCCAUGUGGAAUAAUAUUGACUAGAUCUGAAUAUUAUACUUUGCCGUCCAUAGAAGAUCUGGAUAAUAUGGUUAGCGAAGAUGGAAAAUGUAUGAUUAGAGGUUUCACUAUCGGACGUCGAGGUUAUGGAAAUGUCUACUUCCCCGAUGAAAUCAAUGUUAUGAAUAUGAACCUGGACGAAAUAGUGCACUUCAGAUACAAGGAAAUCCACAUGUACUCUGAUGAAUCGAAAAAACCACCAGUGGGCGAGGGCCUGAACAGACGGGCUCAAGUUACAUUGGACAGAGUAUAUCCUAGAAUGAAAGACACAAAAGAAAUCAUAGAUAACGUCGAUCAGGUUUUGGCGGCGAAAUUUCCAGAACAGUUGGUAGAAAUAUCAGCUAAGCAUGGUUUAAAAUUUGUCGAUUACAGGCCUGAAACUGGUUCCUGGGUCUUCAUGGUCGAACACUUCUCCAAAUAUGCCUUCACAGAGAGUGACGAAGAAGAUUGCGAAUUGACCAUUUCAAAUCAGAAAAUACUAACCACAAAGGAGGUGUUACACGGGUUGCAAAAUAAACAAAAAGUGUUGCAAACCGGAGAUAGAGUUCAAAUGGACACUGAUCUUGUGGUUAACAAUAUGAAUGAUGAUUUGGCCUCUGAAUAUGAAUGUGUUGAAGAUGAAGGUGAUCAAAGACAAGGUGAUCUUCUACACAAAUCGAUGACCAUAGACAUGGAAGGACAAGAAGAAUUUCUUAAUCCGAUUUACGAACCAAGCAAUACAGACAUUUUCUAUCAUAACUCGCACAUUCAGGUGUUGAAAGCUGCAUUUUUUUCAGAGUCAGAAUGUGCCUCUACCGUUUCUUCAGUAAAUAAUUACUCGCCUUUUAAAACAGAUAUAUUGGAUGUCAGGGCAAAACAACCAAUUCGAAAACCACCUCAAAGACCUAAAGUGUGGAAAGUUCACGUGAGCAUAGCAUCACGACCAAAUGAUUCUUGUCUCCUCAAAGCUAGCAGAUGCUAUAGUGAUUUCGGGUUGUUCAGAGGAAAAUCUUUCAAAGCCGGCUGGUGUAAUGGAUUCAAAAAUUAUAUUGCUAGAUUACCAAGGCACUCAGAUUUUGACACAUCUGUGUCAUUGUCCUUGAAUACGUUUGUAACAACAAAAAUAGAUGCAAGUCUUGUGGAUGCCAUCACUGAAUGUAUGGAAAUGGCAAGAAGAUAUAGUAGUUUCACCCUGGAAGGUGAAGAAGAAAUACCAACAUUCCAACCUAUUAAAGAUAGAAAUUAUCUGAUUUCUUGUCAUAAAAUAUUUCAGAAGGCGUCUGAAGUAAAAGGAAUAUCCCAAUUUUUAUUCAAUGAUGUUUGGUCGUUAUGUAAUGCCUUAUGGGGACCUGGUAGAACAACAGCUCCUUUUGUGAAAAGCCGCUUGGUUUCAUGGUUGAAGAAUUCAGUUAAGGAUAAAGUGCCUAAAAAUACACUUACACAAGUUCAGACCAUUGAUGACAAGUUAGACCUCAUAUUUCAUCAUCUUUCUUGUUUCAAUAUCGUAGAAGCUUCACAAGUAGCAAUGGAUGCUGAUAUGCCUUCUCUAGCUAUGAUUAUUUCACAAAUAAAUCUUACAAAUAAACUUAAAACUCAAAUGAAAUACCAGCUGGAGUGUUGGUACAAAGAUAUGUUUGUUGAUUAUAUGAGUCAUAAAGUUCUGAAAAUAUAUUUGUUGCUUUCUGGAAAUUCUCAUGAUCAGAACAUUGAUAUUUUCGAAGAUUUGGAAUGGAAAAGGACUUUCGGUUUAUACUUAUGGUAUUUAACCAGUGAUGGCUCACCAUUGCAAGAAGCUAUUGCUGCUUAUACAAAUGGUUUUUCCAAAAACAAUUGUGCUGCUGAACCAAAACCUUCAUAUAGUAAUGAUGAAGAAACAACCUGCUAUGAUAUUCUCUAUCACAUACUGCAGCUGUAUAAAAAUAACACUCACAGAUUAGUGAAGGUUUUACAUCCUGAAACUUACACUUCUGUCAAGACAGAUUUUCAACUAUCAUGGUUGCUGUUGAUAUUUUUCCAAUCAAUCAAUGUGGGAUUAAUAGAUGAAUGUGAAAAAACACAUCUACACACAAGCUUUGCAUCGCAACUGGAAGAAAAUGGUUUAUGGAACUAUGCAAUUUUACCUUUGCUAUAUCUCAAAAAUGAUUCUCUGAAAAAGAAUUUGGUGAUAGGCAUUUUAAAUAGAAACUUGUCCAAUGAGGAUGAUCCAGAAAUUGAAAAAAAACUGAUUGAAGAUUUUCAUGUACCACCUGUUUGGAUUGAAACUGUGAAAUCUUGGAAGGAACAUACUAUUGUUAAAAGCAAAUGAUUUUACGAUUUCUGUUGAAUAUUUAUUUGCAUGUAUGUCAAAUAUGUAAAAUCUCAAAAAAAAAAAAAAAUUAUUGUUAAAAUCCAAUAUUUUUACUAUCACCAUUGUGUGUUAAUCUUUGAAGAAAAUUUUCUAAGGCUCUUAUGUAAUACUUUAAUUAAUUAAUAAAACUGUCAUUUUUC